AUGGCGGUCGACCUGCAGAGCUUGGAUGCGCAUGAGCAACCUUCAGAUGAGCUCAGGGCCCUCUGGAAGUCAUAUCAAAAGACCGAUCAUGCGGCUUUUGUAGGCCACCCAGACAUAGAUGAACUCCCCGCAAGGGAUGCCGAAGAUCUCGGCGAGUUUCGCCUGUCCGGCCGCAUACCCUCGGAAGAAGUCCGGCGGGCAUUGCAGAUGAUUGGAGGCGCCGAGUGGGAACCGGACGGUGAUGUGUCGGAUGCGCCCUUGUUCCACCACCCCAUCCUCCCUGGGCUCCUUCUUGCGCCGGGCCUGAUACCACCCUCGACACAGAAGACACUGUUGUCUCGCAUGGUCCACCGAGACCUCAGUAACCCCACACAUCAGACAAAUCUUCACCUUCAUUACGACCUCCCCUAUUUAGAAGCACACGAGGACAGCUCCUUCUUUUCGCUUCCGCCGGAGUCGGACAUCAAAUUCGUCCCCAAGGAUCCCACUGUGCACAAACCUUUGUCCAUCAAGCAGGUUAUGGAACGCAAGCUCAGCUGGGUCACUCUUGGGGGACAAUAUGACUGGACCAACCGCGUAUAUCCGGAGCAGGGUCCACCAAACUUCCCACAUGAUAUCGCUGGCUUCCUCCAGACACUGUUUCCAGCAACUCUGGCCCAAGCUGCUAUCGUCAACUUCUACAGUCCGGGAGAUACAAUGAUGAUGCACCGUGACGUCAGCGAGGAGACGAACAAGGGGCUCGUAAGUCUCAGUAUCGGCUGUGAUGCGCUGUUCAUGAUUGCCCCCAAUACUGGCGAGAGUCCCUCAUCAGAGAGUAAUGAUCCCCUUACGAGAAAACCAUAUCUUCUUCUUCGUCUGCGCUCGGGCGAUGCUAUAUAUAUGUCGGAGGAAUCGCGCUACGCAUGGCAUGGCGUACCGAAGGUGCUCAAGGGGACCUGCCCAGACUAUCUAGCGGAUUGGCCCGCUGAGGAUGGCAAAUAUGAGAGCUGGAAAGGUUGGAUGCGGAAUAAGAGGAUAAACCUCAAUGUAAGGCAAAUGAGAGACUGA